AAAUCAUUCCAUCUUUUCUCAUUUCCAUCAUCAAGAUUCAAAAUCUUGACCAUCGAAAAGAAAGCAAAAAGUUCUUAAAAAUGAAGAACAAUAACAAUAACAACACAAAGCUCAUUCUUCUUCAUCCUUAUAUCCAAAAACAAGGUAGCUCUAAUCGUUUAUGGCUUCUUGCUUUUGUUUCUUUCUUCACAAUUGCUUUUCUUGUUACCCUUAUCUACUCUAGAGAUCAUUCCUUCCCCACCAAAGUCGCCGGAGCCGCCACUUCUGCCGCCAUGACAGCCGCAUCCUCCUCUAUCUCCACCAAUUCUCAACUCCCUACGACGGUCAUAAAUACUCUCCUUCACUAUGCGUCCCGGUCGAAUGACAGCUUUCACAUGUCUUAUUCUGAAAUCAAACCUAUUUCUGAUGUUCUUAGAAAAUGCUCAUCUCCUUGUAAUUUGCUUGUUUUUGGUCUAACUCAUGAAACCCUACUUUGGAAAGCAUUAAACCCUAAUGGAAGAACGGUUUUCAUCGAAGAAAACCGCUACUACGCAGCCUAUUUCGAAGAGCAACACCCGGAAAUCGACGUGUUUGACGUGCAAUACACUACUAAAAUGGGAGAAUAUCGAGAGUUAAUCACGUCUGCGAAAGAUCAAAUACGAAACGAGUGUAGGCCCGUGCAGAAUCUACUAUUCUCCGAAUGUAAACUCGGGAUUAACGACUUGCCUAAUCACGUUUACGAAGUGGAUUGGGAUGUGAUUUUGAUCGACGGGCCCCGAGGAGACGGGGCCGAAGGCCCCGGAAGGAUGGCGCCGAUCUUUACGGCCGGAGUGCUAGCGAGAAGCAAGAAAGGUGGAAAUGGAGUAAAGACUCAUAUUUUUGUGCAUGAUUAUUAUAGAAAAGUGGAGAAAGUGUAUGGAGAUGAGUUCUUGUGUAGAGAGAAUUUGGUUGAAGCUAAUGAUAUGCUUGCUCAUUUUGUGGUGGAGAAGAUGGAUGAGAAAUGUUUUCAGUUUUGUCAUAACAAAGCAUCAAAAUCCAAAGCAAAAUCAGUUUCUUCAUUCUCAUCAUCAACAUCUUGAAUAUUUGUUUUGAACAAGAUUCAAGAAAAAAAUGGACAUAAUUCUUCUUUUGGGUCUAAUGGUACUAUGAAUUGGUGAAAAAAUUGUGGUUAUUUAUCAUCAGUUAAAAAUUCUAGACCUUUUUUUUCUUGUUUUACUUCUUCGAUUGUAAAAAUAAUUCUUUUUUUGGUAAUGAAAAAGGUUUAAUAUCAUUGAUA